GAUGACACUGGACUGAGUUCAGAUGAUCAAGUUGAAAAGAGACCCGGCUGUUGGAUGCAGGAAUUCUGUCCAUGUGAGGGAUUCUUUGAUAAAUGCCCUGAUACUCACUUUGAGCUCAGAUUUGGCUGUGAGGUUGAGAGAUCCUCUAGUGGAGAUGUGACUCUAAUGAACACUACGGCUGAUUACAGCCACAACGGAAAGCUCAUCCUGCACAUCAAUUUCCACACUGAUCAGUGGGAAGUAACGGACAAACGGUUCCUACCAGUUAAAACAAAAUGGGACAGAUUACCUCAUAUCAAACAAAUCUUCAAGAACUACGUGCAGCAAAAGUGUAUGAACAGACUAUUAAUUUACCUGAGAUUUUACAAUGACAUUGUAAGAAACACCUCGGAUACAUUUCCUAAAGACAGAGAUGAGGAGAAGGAAGAAAGGAAGAAGGAUGUCUUUAAUGUUAUAGAAGACGCAAACAUUACAAAGAACACCUCUGAUGCAUUUCCUAAAGAUAAGGAUAAGGAUAAGGAGGGAAAUUGGGAAAAAGGGGAAAACUGGUUAUCUGUAAUUAUCAUAUGCGUAAUAAUUGUCUGUAUAGUUAUUGUGGUGGUUGUUGUUCUUUUUAUGAUAUUGAGAAGGAAGCAUGCACGUCGCGCAGUUAAGGCCGCCUACAGGGAAGAUCUGAAUGAGCAGCAGAGCCAAAUCCUGCCCAGGGCAAUUCCACUUGUUGUGCUGAAGAGUGAAGAUCAGGAUGGAGGAGAUUCAGUUCACACUCACAGUGAGUUCAGCUCUGCUGUGGUUUUACCUUUUUGGACAGGAAGCUAAGACUGGAUUAUUAUUUUGUGUCUGUAUUGAUAUGAUCUCAUAUAUCAA